AUGAGAUGUAAAACAUACGAUAAUUAUGACUCUUUUAAAACAUUAUAAUCUCCACGUCUCUAACCAUUUCGAUAACACAAGAGUUCUAAAUCAGAAGAUAUAGACAUGCUGCAAUUUCAGAACAUGAAUUACUCUUCAGUGCAUGAAGUAUCUCUGAAUAAUGAUUAAAAUGAAUUGAUCAAGAAAUAGGAAGAAUAAAUAUAAAAGUUACAACACAAAGUUGAAAUGCUCGAAAAGAUGAUUGGCAAUUUUGCAAAUAUCCAAAGAUUACAAACAUUUGUGUCAUAAAUCUUUAAUGAGAUUGGAUUAAUAAAUAAGGAAAACAUAUUUGAACCAAAGUUGCAUUCACUUUGCUUAAUCAAAAUAAACGAAUAGAAAUAGAAAGUAAAGGAGCAAAAUAAAUUUAUUUCGUGUUUAAAAGACUUAGUAGUUUCUUGCUCCCCUCCUGAUUAUUUCCCUGCAGAUCAACUGCCUAAUCUUAAAUAAAUAUGGAGAUGCAUCAAGGUGAUGUUAGCUGAAUGCAUUGAAAAUAAAAGAAUAAAUUAAGAAUAAUAACAAUUGAUAUCAUAGUUAACAAAAGGAAUGAUGUCUUAGUCAUAAAAAUAAAUGAUGCAAACUCUAACUAGAAAUAAAUUAAAUUGA